GCCUGGCCUUUCAGCUCAGCAGGCCUGUGGAGGUGGGGCUCUGACAGCCUAUCCCGGCUUGUUUCCUACUCUCCUCCAAUCGGGAACAAGAGGGCUGGAGACUUCAGGUCACCCCUAGCCUGGGGUGUGUCCCAAGGGCAACCCCCAGCUGGUGCCUGGUGAAAGGGCAUGACAGCAGCCAUGGUGUGAGCUGUCCCAGGGCCCAGGGCUGGACUGCCUGGCUCCAGCCCCCUCCCCCAGCCCCUCGCAGUGCUCAUCAGGGACCAAGGUCCAGCUACAGAGCUCUUGCAGCCUCUGGGCCAUAGCUGCCAGCCCCGGAGGGGCCAGAUGGAACCCAGCGCCUGAGCACCCCUCCCCUCUCCCCAGCACCCCCUGGAUUCCUGAGGCCUGGCUCAGUUACUAGGAGACAGGUCUGCUGGCCCAAGCAAAGAUGCGGGUGCCACGAGGGCCAGGCCUCGGCCAAGCCCUGCUGGGGUAAAUCCCAGCAGCCCAGACUCCAGUCUUGCCUCAGGGGUCCCUCCUUUCCAGCUCUGCCAGCCCCUCAGGGCUGCUGAGCACCCCAGGCGCUCAGCCCUCUCCCCUCCCCCCAUGUCGAGUUCCUCAGAGCUGUCCGGACUGACGUCUGUACCUACCCCCCAUGUGGGUCUCCUGCUCUCCCUUCGUGGGGACACUGGGCAGGCACUGGGCCUUGCCCCAAGCCCCGCCUGCCACCUCACCCACUGCCUCUGCCUCCCUGGGGCAGAGCUGUUCCCAGACGGGUGGGGCGGGGCCCAACUGUCCCCAGCUCCUUCAGCCCUUUCUGUCCCUCCCAGUGAGGCCAGCUGCGGUGAAGAGGGUGCCCUCUUGCCUGGAGUUCCCUCUGCUACGGCUGCCCCCUCCCAGCCCUGGCCCACUAAGCCAGACCCAGCUGUCCCCAUUCCCUCUUCUGGUCCUGCCACCUCCUGAGCCGCCUUCCUGCCUGGUCUGGGUAGAGUCAUGGCCUCCAGCACAGGUGACCGGAGCCAGGCGGUGAGGAACGGACUGAGGGCGAAGGUGCUGACGCUGGACAGCAUGAACCCGCGUGUGCAGAGGGUGGAGUAUGCGGUGCGUGGCCCCAUAGUGCAGCGAGCCUUGGAGCUGGAGCAGGAGCUGCGCCAGGGUGUGAAGAAGCCUUUCACUGAGGUCAUCCGUGCCAACAUCGGGGACGCGCAGGCUAUGGGGCAGAGGCCCAUCACCUUCCUGCGCCAGGUCUUGGCCCUCUGUGUUAACCCUGAUCUUCUGAGCAGCCCCAACUUCCCUGACGAUGCCAAGAAAAGGGCAGAGCGCAUCCUGCAGGCGUGUGGGGGCCACAGUCUGGGGGCCUACAGCGUCAGCUCCGGCAUCCAGCUGAUCCGGGAGGACGUGGCGCGGUACAUUGAGAGGCGUGACGGAGGCAUCCCUGCGGACCCCAACAACGUCUUCCUGUCCACAGGGGCCAGCGAUGCCAUCGUGACGGUGCUGAAGCUGCUGGUGGCCGGCGAGGGCCACACGCGCACGGGUGUGCUCAUCCCCAUCCCCCAGUACCCACUCUACUCGGCCACGCUGGCAGAGCUGGGCGCAGUGCAGGUGGAUUACUACCUGGACGAGGAGCGCGCCUGGGCGCUGGACGUGGCCGAGCUUCACCGUGCGCUGUGCCAGGCGCGUGACCACUGCCGCCCUCGUGCGCUCUGUGUCAUCAACCCCGGCAACCCCACUGGGCAGGUGCAGACCCGCGAGUGCAUCGAGGCCGUGAUCCGCUUCGCCUUCGAAGAGCGGCUCUUUCUGCUGGCGGACGAGGUGUACCAGGACAACGUGUACGCCGCGGGCUCGCAGUUCCACUCAUUCAAGAAGGUGCUCAUGGAGAUGGGGCCGCCCUACGCCGGGCAGCAGGAGCUUGCCUCCUUCCACUCCACCUCCAAGGGCUACAUGGGCGAGUGCGGGUUCCGCGGCGGCUAUGUGGAGGUGGUGAACAUGGACGCCGCAGUGCAGCAGCAGAUGCUGAAGCUGAUGAGUGUGCGGCUGUGCCCGCCGGUGCCAGGCCAGGCCUUGCUGGACCUGGUGGUCAGCCCGCCCGCACCCACCGACCCCUCCUUCGCGCAGUUCCAGGCUGAGAAGCAGGCAGUGCUGGCAGAGCUGGCGGCCAAGGCCAAGCUCACCGAGCAGGUCUUCAAUGAGGCUCCUGGCAUCAGCUGCAACCCAGUGCAGGGCGCCAUGUACUCCUUCCCACGCGUGCAGCUGCCCCCGCGGGCGGUGGAGCGUGCUCAGGAGCUGGGCCUGGCCCCCGAUAUGUUCUUCUGCCUGCGCCUCCUGGAGGAGACUGGCAUCUGCGUGGUGCCAGGGAGCGGCUUUGGGCAGCGGGAAGGCACCUACCACUUCCGGAUGACCAUUCUGCCCCCCUUGGAGAAACUGCGGCUGCUGCUGGAGAAGCUGAGCAGGUUCCAUGCCAAGUUCACCCUCGAGUACUCCUGAGAACCCCAGCUGGGGCCAGGCUGGGUCGCCCUGGACUGUGUGCUCGGGGGCUCUGGAGCCCACUGUACUUGCUCUUGCUGCCUGGCGGGGUGGGGUGGGGCUGGGCCCCUGCCUCUCUGCAGGUCCCUAAUAAAGCUGUGUGGCAGUCUGACUCCAGGCAGGAA